UACUUUUUCGCCCCCCCUUCCUUUCACCUUACGAUGAAUUCCUUCCCGUUUGGUGAACAAGAUUUCGAUAUAUUGCGCCGAUCCGAUCAAUAAUUUACUCGGUUAUUGCUGCUCCAGAACACUCCACGCCAAAGGUACCACUCCUUCGCAACGAAAAUGGCUACAACACCACCUCCAGACGAGCCAGCCAGCGCAGCAGAGGAGACCACUGCACAGGGUCAGACCUCCCAAACCGCCACGUUACCCCGUCGACCAAAAGAGCAACAACAGAAAGACAUCUUCCAGGGCCAAGAAGCCAAUGAUACAUCCCGCGCCUUGCAGCGACAGCCCCGGCGACAGCGACGUCAACAGCAACAGCAAGAACAAAUCACUUCCGCCUCCGAUACCGAAACCUCAGUCGACGAAUCGAUCGGCGGCGCGCGCGAGGAGCAGCAGCAACAACAACAACAACAACAACAACAAGCCACGACGACGCUGCAAGGAGGCCGUCAGGAUUGGGGGCUCGAGCCGGAGCCCGAGAAGGAAGAUACCGGCCUGAAGCUGCGGCUGGAUUUGAACCUGGAUGUUGAGGUGGAACUGAAGGCGAAGAUCCAUGGGGAUAUCACUUUGGCGCUUUUGUCUUGAUUAUAGUGCGUAAUCCCAAAUGUGCAUGGCUGGCAGAUUGAAUCACAAGCUCCGGUCGUCUAGCAUCAAUUGAAGUUCUGCAUGGUGCGAGGAAUUCUUCCUCGGUCCCUUCUCGCGCGGUGUGUGCGAUCUCGAUUGUAGGUGGAACCUAGCACACUGACGCUCCAAGCGCAGAGCUCACUAGCGCAAUGGCGCACUUCAUGCCCUCGUGCAUUGCACAACAUGAUUGUAUGUACAUACAUAGUAAUUGAACCUAAUCAAGAAGGAUCAAUCACAAGCAUACGCAAGACCUAACCGUCGAUGACGUCC